UGUGGAUUGAGGUUUUAGUUACUUGGGGAGAAAUCUCGUGGAUUUUAUCAUCAUAUUCAAAGAUUUGUUAACAAACUAACCAUACAGUUCCAGUAUCAUCAUGGCCCCGAGGAAAAGGACAACGAACAAGAGUCGUAAGAACAAUCCCAAGAUGGCCAAGCUGGAGGCCUUUCUCGAUGACUUUGACAGCGAGGUGAAAACCAUUGUGGAGAGACUGAAGGAGAGGAUGAACAGCCUCCUGAAAGAUGCAGACAACUUCUACAAUAUGGCCCUGAUAAAGCUGCCCAAGACGGUGCGGCAGAUGAACUGGCUUGAGUUCUGUGAUUCUGAAAAAGAGAAGACCCCCGUUGAGGAUUCUAAGAAAGAGGAGGUUGCAGCUCAGGUGGACAGCGUCAUGGCCGAGGUUCACACUAUUCCCCCCAAGUCUGUCAAAAAAGCGGUCCGCAAGCGCGGAGGAGUCCAAGCAAGUUCGGAGGAUGAGGAGAAUGUUCCCCUAAACCAGACUGUUUCGAAGAAGGGGAAAAUGACGAGGAAAGCCCCGUCCACAUCCAGAAAGGCCAAAGCCCUCUCAUCCAGUAAGCAGAACACCUCCAUCCAAAGAACCAGCAGGAAGCCCCUGGUCACUCCCGCUCGCACCAUCCUGGACACAUCUAUCAUGGGGCCCACCCCCCUCAUCACCCCACGCUUUGACUCAAGGCUCCCAAAGACUCCGGCAGUGAGAGUACCGCGGCACAAAGAGCGGGUCUACAGCAUAUCCGUCAAUGGUUCUCCCAUCUCUGGGAGCAGCAAUGACAUCAUCCUCAACAUCCCUGCUGGGAAUGGCGAGUGCUUACAGCUGCUGGCCAGUGAGAUGGAUUCGGUGGAUUUGGGUCAACUGGAUGAGACGACUUUGCAGAGCAUCAGACUGCUGCAGAACCGCCUUACGUCUCUCUGCGGACAGUCACAGUGAUGACCUCACUCAGUCACAGUGAUGACCUCACUCAGUCACAG